UCCAGGCAGCUAGCUGUUUCGAAAAUGAAACUGGCCUGUGUUUGACUUCGAGAGGUAGACGUAAGAAAACGAAAAUAAAAGGUUUAUUAAAAAAAAAAAAAUCCCGGCGAUUUCACUUCGGCGGCCUGACACAGCCGAGGCUGAAGACGCAAACGCUGGAUAUGUUGAGUAAACACCAGACCAGUUUUGGUCCUAUUGUACUGGAAUGGAGUCUGUAGCAGCAGGUUUGACUACUUGGUGAGAGUGAAGCUGCUAUCAGUAUGGCCCAUUUUGACACAGAGUACCAGCGCCUGGAGGCGUCAUACAGCGACUCUCCCCCUGGAGAGGAGAACCUGCUGAUGCAUGUUCCUGAAGGGGUUAAAUCUCAAUGGCACCACAUAGAAAAUCUGGACCUGUUUUUCCAGCGAGUCUAUAAUCUGCAUCAGAAGAAUGGGUUCACUUGUAUGUUGUUUGGAGAGAUUUUUGAGCUGGUUCAGUUGCUGUUUGUGGUUGGCUUUACAGUGUUCCUUGCUAACUGUGUCGAUUAUGACGUCCUUUUUGCCAACAAGUUUGUAAAUCACACCGAUUCAUCUAAAGUCACCUUACCUGAUGCAUUCCUCCCAGUGGAUGUCUGCAGUGCCCGAAUCAGAGACAAUGUGUUCGUGAUCUUUGUGCUGAUAAUUUCUGGGGUGUUUUGGCUACAUCGACUUGUCAAAUUCAUCUACAAUGUGUGCUGUUACUGGGAGAUCCGUUCCUUCUACAUCAACGCCCUUAAGAUGACCAUGUCAGAGCUCCCCUAUGCAACAUGGCAGGAGGUUCAGGCCAGGAUUGUUGAGAUCCAGAAGGAGCAUCAGAUCUGUAUCCAUAAAAAAGAGCUGACAGAGCUGGACAUUUACCACCGCAUCCUCCGCUUUAAAAACUACAUGGUUGCCAUGGUGAAUAAAUCACUCCUUCCUGUGCGAUUUCGACUUCCUGUGCUUGGGGAAUAUGUGUUUUAUACUCGCGGUCUCAAAUACAACUUUGAGCUCAUCUUCUUUUGGGGGCCAGGCUCUCUGUUUGAGAACGAGUGGAGUCUAAAACCAGAGUAUAAGAGAGGAGGUAACCGGCUUGAACUUGCGGACAGGCUAGCAUCUCGUAUCCUGUGGAUCGGCAUUGCAAAUCUGCUGUUGUGUCCUGUCAUUCUCGUGUGGCAGAUCCUCUAUGCCUUCUUCAGUUAUACUGAGGUGAUCAAGAGAGAGCCUGGUUCUCUGGGGGCGAGAUGCUGGUCCCUCUAUGGUCGAUGUUAUCUGCGUCAUUUCAAUGAGCUGGACCACGAGCUCAUGUCACGCCUCAGCAAAGGCUACAAGGCUGCAUCCAAGUAUAUGAACUGUUUCCUUUCACCACUGCUCACAGUGGUUGCCAAAAAUGUGGCAUUUUUCGCUGGGUCUCUUUUGGCCGUUCUCAUCGCCCUGACCAUCUAUGAUGAAGACGUUCUUGCAGUGGAGCAUGUUCUCUCAUCCAUCACACUGCUUGGAGUGUGUAUCACAAUCUGCAGGUCAUUUAUUCCUGAUAAGCACAUGGUGUUCUGCCCUGAGCAGCUGUUGCGGGUCAUUCUGGCUCAUAUCCACUAUAUGCCUGACCACUGGCAGGGCAAUGCACACAGAUACGAGACCCGAGACCAGUUCUCCCAGCUCUUCCAGUACAAAGCAGUGUUUAUUCUAGAGGAGCUGUUAAGUCCAGUGGUGACUCCCAUCAUCCUCAUCUUCUGUCUAAGGAGAAAGUCUUUGGAGAUCAUUGAUUUCUUCAGAAACUUCACUGUGGAGGUGAUCGGGGUGGGAGACACCUGCUCUUUUGCUCAGAUGGACAUCAGGCAGCAUGGACACCCUGCGUGGAUGUCAGAAGGGAAGACGGAGGCAUCUAUUUAUCAGCAGGCAGAGGAUGGGAAGACGGAGUUAUCGCUGAUGCACUUUGCGAUCACCAACCCCCAGUGGCAGCCUCCUCAAGAGACUACACACUUCAUCAGCCAGUUGAAAGAAAGAGUUCACAGAGAAGCCACAGGGGCUCCUUCUGACACACAUCCAAUGUCUUUGUCAGAGUCUGAGCCACGGAGUCUCAUCGCAAACCUCUUGACAGGUCCCUCCACACUGGCGUCAGUUCAUUUUGGCCGGGACAGUUCUUUAACAAAUCAUGCAACAGCUGGCAUAAGCGAUGGAGCGUCUGCCUUACGCUCUCUUUCCCCAAUUAGCAGUAGCCUCCACUUGAGAGGCAGUUUGAGUGCAGCUCAUAGGGCUGCUGGGUACACUGGCAGAGCAAUGGCAGGCUCGGGGACCGACGCUCGAACUGUGAGCUCAGGCAGCAGUGCAUGGGAGGGUCAACUAACCAGUUUGGUCCUAUCAGAAUACGCCUCCACUGAGAUGAGCAUCCAUGCACUUUACAUGCAUGAGUUACAUAAACAGCAGUCUCGUGGCGAGCUGUCCCGCCACACUUGGCACAGACAGGAGAGUGACGAAAGCAGCGACAGCAUCCCAGAUGAAGUAAGGAGCGAACCCAAUCAUCAUUCAAGAAACUUCCCUCGCUCACAUACUUUCCCCACCACUGUUCCCAGUCCUAGUGCCAUUCCCACUUCAGCUUCAGCCAACAGCAGCACUGCUCUAUGCCAUGAGGGGGCAACAUCACAGAGCAGCAGUCAGAGACACCACAGUGGACCUACAACUGACCCUUUUGGUGCAGGGGUAAAGAUAGUGAGGUCAGCCCGUGUGCCAAUGGGAGGGUGGGCAGAGGAUGGUCAAGCAGCACCACGACACCAUGAACCACUACCAGAGGAGAGCUCAGAGGAUGAAAUGCCUCCUCACAUACACAAGGUUACAUAAUCAAGCCAUGUCAAUAAGUACCUGCAUCCUUCCAUCUAUAGAUUUCAAACCACAGAUCUUCAUCCAGACCUUUUCCAGGACUGACCAUCUGAUCUGAUGGAUGAUGAUGGAAAUGCGCAAAAUCAGUGAAACCACCUGGACAGGUUUAGAUAGAUUGAGCCUUUGGUCAUUAGAAUAAACAGUAAGAUUGUGACAUCCAGGCCAUCCAGACCUUCAGGAUCAAGUUAUUUCUAAUAACCACUGAGCACAUCCGAUUACACUACACAUUUUUAAAUGUCAUAUGGGUUGUGCAAUGAAAGUGCAUGUGCUGUUGAGACACAGUGCUAGUGAACACCAAGCACUGCUGGAAAAUACAAAACAGUUUGCUCAGAUCAGACCACAACAGUCCGGACUGUGCUGUCUGUGUUUUUCCCACUUUUGUAAACAAGAUACUAUAAAAUGACGAAUGUCUGCAUAACAGUGAAAUGUGUUUGGAAAGAUGCUGUUAACACAGAGACUUUUAUUGCAUAUAUAUCUGUUCAUGCACUGAUAGCAGCAGGCUGUGGAACAUACCCUAUACUCUGUAUUUCAGCUUGCAUUUUGCCUCUUGGAAAAUUAUAUGAAGGUCUCAUUUGGUAUAAAAUUCACCUAUUUUUUUGUAGCAUUUUGUUUCAAUUCGUUUUGCAUCAAUUGCUUCAAAAUGUUCUGAAGUCCAGAAAAUCUGUCUGCAUUUGCACAGAUUGAUGUUUGUUUAAAAGAUUAAUGGUAUUGAUUUGAGUGGCCGGGUAUUCUGCAUGCAAAACACGCACUCUGUUAUCAGGUUAUUUCACAGCAGCCCAGGGGAAUAUUGAAUCAAUUUUGAUGUGUAUGCAAGCACUUUUAAAUCUGAUGUCUUUUUCUUUUUUAAAUCCUUUAUCCUUUAUUCAUUUGUCAACAGAUUUGCUAAAUAGUUCCGUAGGCAAACAAGGCUGUUUUAAGCAUGUAAUAUUGACUUUUCUGGCUUACAGGAGGGUCCCAGAGUGCGUGGACAUCACAUAUUCAUCCUUCUGAAGAGUAGAUGAUACCACAGCAAGAAUAGUUUACUGUGUACCAUAUCCAAACAGAGCACUGAAGCUGUCUGUUCCCCUGUCUAUAUGCCAGCUCUUUACACGGAGAAUGAUGCACUUUAAUAAGUUGUUAAAGCAGAGUGUCACUUAACUUCGACUGUUUUCAUCUGUGUAUUUUCGUAUACAUAUAGUUAAAUUAUUUUAUUUUCCAAAGGGAUGUGCCAUGGUGAUUUACACCCGUGAUUCAAGGUUGUGUUUUUUUCUGCCGUACUCCGGAGCGAGAUGAAGAAGUGUUGUCGGUGGAGGAUGCAGUGAUUAACGUUAGACUUAAAGGUUUAGAUGAGCGUUUUUGUUUGCUUGUAUUAUAAAUCUUGUAAAAUACCGAUUUGUACAGUUGUAAAUUCGUCUAUUAAAAACGAUGCAAUGAGUUUGA